UCCUCGCGCCCCCACCACACCACACUCCUCUUCUUCUUUCUGAAUCCACGUGAGCGAGCGAAUCCCGAUCCCCCCUCGCGGAGUUGAGUUCCGCUCCAAUGGCGGCCGCGUCGUCGCUCAAGCUCUCCCCCUCCCCCUCGAAGCCCCUCGCCCCGGCGCCGGGGCCCGGGUCCCACCUCCUCCUGCCGCGCCACGCGCGGCCGCUCCCCGCCCGCCUCCCGCCGGCACGCGUCGCCGUGCAGGCGCCGCUGGCCUCCGACUCCCCCCGCACCGCCUCCUUCGACAAGGUGCUGGAGGCGCUGAUCGGCGGGGACCACUUCUCCCAGGAGGAGGCGGAGGCCACGCUGCGGCUGCUGCUGCAGGAGGAGAACGAGGCGCGCAUCGCCGCCUUCCUCGUGCUCCUUCGGGCCAAGGGCGAGACCUACGAAGAGAUCGUGGGAUUGGCCAAGGCGAUGAUAAGCUGCUGCGUCCGGGUGGAGGGGCUCGACGACGCCGUCGACAUUGUCGGAACCGGCGGAGACGGCGCGGACACCGUCAACAUCUCCACCGGCUCCACCAUCCUCGCCGCCGCGGCGGGCGCCAAAGUCGCCAAGCAAGGGAGCAGGGCUAGCUCGUCGGCCUGCGGUAGCGCCGACGUGCUGGAGGCGCUGGGGGUCAACAUCGAGCUGGGACCCGAGGGUAUUAAACGGUGUGUCAAUGAAGUGGGUGUUGGAUUCAUGAUGUCUGCAAAUUAUCACCCAGCAAUGAAAAUUGUCAAACCUGUGAGGAAGAAGCUGAAAAUAAAGACAGUUUUCAAUAUCCUUGGUCCUCUCUUGAAUCCAGCAAGGGUGCCUUACGCUGUUAUUGGUGUUUACCAUGAGAACAUAGUUACCAAGAUGGCUAAGGCAGCUCAGAAAUUUGGAAUGAAGAGAGCAUUGGUUGUCCAUUCGAAGGGUCUGGAUGAAAUAAGCCCACUUGGCCCUGGAUAUAUCCUUGAUGUCACACCAAGAAAGAUUGAGAAAAUGCUCUUCGAUCCAUUGGACUUCGGUAUACCCCGCUGCACGCUGGAAGAUCUAAAAGGAGGUGAUCCAGCGUUCAACGCAAAAGUUCUCCAGGAUGUCCUUGCUGGUCAAAGAGGUUCAAUUGCAGAUGCUCUUGUUUUGAAUGCUGCAGCCUCUCUUCUUGUCAGUGGUAAAGUAAGUAGUUUGCAUGAUGGUGUAGCAUUAGCACAAGAGACACAGCGCUCUGGAAAGGCUAUCAACACACUUGAAUCUUGGAUAAAAGUUUCCAAUGAUAAAGAAUUUCAAUAGGUGCAGAGACUGAUUUUGGUUGGCCAACAGCAGAAUUCUUGGAUAAGAUCCUCACCGAAGAAAAAAAAAAGAUUCUUCAAUAAGACCAGUGGAAUGAUGAUAAAUAAGGAUUAUUUUAGGCUAUCGUUGUUCGUUGAACAUAUUGAUAUGUAUGUUCGUUGUAAGUGCCAUCUGGGGUGAGAUUAUAAGGUUAUGAUUGGGAUUGUAGCCUUCUUUUUCUUGUAGAUUUAGAGAUAGAUGACUCUUGUUUGGAGUUCUUGGUACUGCCCGUUAAAUUAUUUUCUAAUGCAAGGCAUGGAAGCAAAACGGGGCUAUGCAGACAGUCGAUCUGUUCAAUGUCGCA